GGAGUGACUGGUCAUAACACUCAAACCUUUCGGUAAAUGCCGGCGGGCCGGUAGUGCCAGGAACGAACACUGCCACCACCGUGACUGCCACUUCCAACUCUUCACGAAGCACUCACCAAAAAUUGUGCAAACCAAGACCGGUCCUCUUACCCAAUGUCACUUAUUUCCGUUUCCAAUGUUCUGGGAACGAACUAUGCCCCAAAUGAACACGACUCUGUUGUGGUCCAAAAGUCUUUGUCUGAACAGGAAAAGCUUCUGGAGCAGCUUCGAGCGCAGAAGGUUGAUCUGGAACAGCAGCUUCUGGUCGUUAACCAGCGUGAAGCACAAAUUGUCAAGACUGUCGCCGACCACCGUACACUCCUCCGGGCAAGUCCCAUGCGGUCUCUACCGGCGGAGCUCCUGGGAGAAAUAUUUCUCGCUCAUUGCGCAGGAUAUCCAGAUUUUGAUAAUGAUGGUGCUGUCUUCCGGAUGAGUCGUUUACGACUCCUGGCGGUAUGUACGAGGUGGCGAGACGUGGCAUUAUCAACACCUAGGAUUUGGGCAGCUCUGUCCGUGGAUUGCGUACGCUGGUAUGGCUUUACGGAGGAAUAUUUUGAAUCCAGGUUUUCAGCGAUUAAGGGAUGGGUAUCAUCGUCAGGCCGCCUGCCGCUCAGUAUCGGCUUCCGAUUCGUGGAGACUAGCCAUCGACACGACUAUCAAAUUACUAUGUUCAAUACUAUUUUCGCCCAACUACAUCGAUGCAAAUCUUUCUCCGGCAGAAUAAAUUUCGAUCCCGACUGCCAUGAUCCUGUCCAAAGGGCAGUAGAUCAGGAUAUACCAGAUGCUCCAAUGCUAGAGUCACUUUCGCUUCGCUCCUAUCGUAUCAAUACCGCCACCAUCAGCUGGAGGCGAAAUCUUUAUGCCAAAAUUCCUCGACUUCGUCAUCUGGACAUCGACGACGCCAGUGCCGUCGUCUCUUUACCGGUGCAAGAUAUCAUUACGGUAAAACUGGAGACAGCUACGCUGAGCGAUCUCUUUUAUCUCGUAGAGAACGCGGCAGUCCUCGAGGAAUUGCAGCUGGGAGUGGUGAAACAGAGUGACCUUCCUCAGCCCGGUCGACGUGACCCUCGUCGAUUGGACAGUCUAGUUAGUGUCCAUUUCCAGUACACCUCCAGUGUGAUGGUCAACCAAUUCAUCGAUUAUGUGACGCUCCCCUCAAUCAAUGAGCUCAUUAUUCGGGCGACCCCAUCAUGGCCCGAUACAGAUGCCUUCAUGCCUUUUUUCAGGCGAUCAGCGUGCUCCUUGACCAAACUGAUUAUCAUGGCCGCAGACGCCGAUAAACACGGCUUUCUUCUUGGUGUACUUCCCCUCGUUCCGUCGCUCCAAGUUUUGCGCAUCGAAAACCGAGAUUACCACGGGCCGUUACACCCUCUUCCAUCCACUGUGCUUGACUAUCUUACCGGCAAGCCUAAGAGACAAAACCUUACGGCAGUCGCUGACCUGCAAAUUUCCGUACAGCUGCGUCAAAUGGCUAGUGUGAAGAGACUCCUUGAUUGCCGUCAUACAAGGUGGGAGAAACUCGGAGUAGCCAGGCUCAAUUGUUUCUCGAUUACCAUCGUAACGGCGCGACUCUCUACCUAUCAGAUGAAAGAUCGAAGACAGCAGAUGUUGGAAGUUUUUGAGCCCUACAAGAAGGCCGGACUGAGCAUGACGUGGACUAUUCGAAGCCGGUGAUUCUCUUACAUUAAUGCAUCAGCCUUGCAGGGUCAAGCAUAUAUCUUAGACGGUUUCUCCCUCUUUCGAACUACAGUCACCUCCCUUAU